AUGGCAACGUUCGUGGACACCCUCAGCGUCAAGAAAGACGUGUUCAUGAUGGCUGCACGCGCUCAAACAGCUUGCUGUACAUCUAGCACUGAAGGCGCCGAGGACCAGCGCAUCCGUGCCGACGAGCAGCUUACCCCAGAACAGACCCUAGCACCCCCGGAGGAUUCGGAGAAAGUGCUUCGUGCUUCAGCACAUGUCAUCGAGAAAGUGCUGGAUGUUCUCCAGAACUCGACGAUUGAAUCGAUGAGUGGCGAGGACAAUUGGUAUCGUUUCUGGGACAAGUCGCAGCGGAACACGACCACAAUUUCUCCACCAACACACGAACGACAUGGAGAGUAUCUUGCUCUUUCUCGUCUUCAUUGUCGCCAUGGAGUCCAAUCUCAGUCCCGACCCCAGGACACUACGAAUGCCCUUCUCGCGCAGAUUGGAUUCGGCAACUUCACUGCUGCGGGCGCAAGAUAG